GUUCAAAUGCGCGUGCGUUGCUCCGGCGGCUAGAGGCGCUUGCGGACGAUCAACACAAAUCCGCCAGUCGAAGUCGACGCUUUCGCCACCUGCACCCCACCUCGGAGCCCUCGCAGCGUGUUGCAAACGGGACGCAUGUCACGUGACCCGAUCGAGCAGUUGGAAACACUCUAAACUUCAGGCACACUUAGCAAGCGAGGCGUUCUUUGCGUCGCUCAUCAAGACGCUGGAACGAAGUAAGUGAUUUUGCACGCGAGAUUCACAACUUGACACUUCAAUGCGUCCCCGAACCGAUGCCCUAUUUUGCCGGUCUCCUUCGAACACUUCUAGGCAUGACUGACCGGGCGUUCGAAAACAAAUUCGCCGACUACGACGGUAGCUCAGACGUCAUUCUGCCGGACGGGAAGUUCACUCACAAGUUCGAGCAGGACGUCAGGAAGCACCUCCUGGAGCUGGUGGCAGUGCUGGAGAAGAACCUUGACAAGCACACCGACUGGAAUGACGCUUCCGUCUACACCGGCACCACAGGCGUGGCCCUGAUGUACAUGAACUUGGCGGAGCGCCUGGGGGACCCGGUGUACCUGAAGCGCGCACUCCCCCUGGUGGAGACACAGCUCAAGGGCCUGAAAGAGAGGCGCUUCUCCUUCCUAUGUGGGGACGCGGGACCCCUGGCGGUCGGGGCGGUUCUCUACCACCUUCUCGGCAGGGAAGAGGACUCGCAGAAGCUCGUCAAAAAAUUGCUAGAUUUGAGCAAGCACGUGGUGCCCUUGGAAACGGACAUCCCGGACGAGCUGCUCUAUGGCCGCGUGGGAUACCUGUCCGCCCUCCUCUUCGUGCGCAAACACAUUGCCACGGCUGUAGUGAGCAGCGAGGUCAUCCGUGAUGUGGUAUGCUCGGUGCUGGAGUCCGGUCAGCGGCUGUCGGCACGGACAAAAGCGAGCUUUCCUCUCAUGUACCAGUGGCACGAGUCAUACUACUUGGGAGCGGCCCACGGCCUCUCGGGAAUCCUCUACAUGCUGCUGCAGGUGCGAGCCCAGCUGAGUGAGGCGGAGCUCAAGGACCUGGUUCGCCCAAGCGUGGACGCCUUUGUGUCGCUGCAGUACCCUUCGGGCAACUUCCCCUCGUCGCUGGGGAGCGAGACGGACAAGCUGGUGCACUGGUGCCACGGGGCACCCGGGGCGGCGCACCUGCUGGCGCUGGCUCGCACGGUGUUCGACGAUGCCCGGUACCUGGAUCCCUUGCGGAAGAGCGUCGACGUCAUCUGGAGGCGGGGCCUGCUCAAGAAGGGCUACGGCAUCUGCCACGGGGUGGCCGGGAACGCCUACGCGUUUCUGCGCAUGUACCAACUUACCAGGGAGCUCAAGUACCUCCACAGGGCUGCCAAGUUUGCUGAGUGGUGCUUCGAUUAUGGACACCACAACUGUCGCAUCGCCGAUCGUCCGUUCUCUCUUUUCGAAGGGAUGGCUGGCACAAUCUAUUACAUGGCUGAUCUGCUCGAACCGGGAAAAGCAGCGUUCCCAGCUUUCCAACUCUGCUGAACAAUGAACGAAGCGCGCGCACACGCGCGCUCCGCUUUUCGCGCAUGUAUGUACUGCAAAAAUAAAACCGACGCCAGCGUUUCAAUGCUUUCGAUAAA